AUGGCGGAAGGAGGUGAGCGAGAGGAACUGCUCUCGCCGUCGCCGGUCUCUCCGGCCAAGCGCCUGUGCUCGUGGCCCAGUCCGCAGGCUCACCACCCUCGCGGUUCGCCCGGGGCGGCCGGCGGCGGGGUGGAGGGAGUCGGCGGCAGCUGCCUACCCCCGGGGGCCCCCCCCCACCUGCAGCCCGAGUCCUUGCUGGACUGCGCCGCCAAGACGGUAGCAGAAAAGUGGGCGUACGAACGGGUGGAGGAGCGCUUUGAGCGGAUCCCGGAGCCCGUGCAGCGCCGCAUCGUCUACUGGUCCUUCCCGCGGAAUGAGCGGGAGAUCUGCAUGUACUCCAGCUUCCAGUACCGCGGCGGCCCUGGCGCCGGCGCGGCUGGCGGCGCCGCGGGGGCUUCGCCGGCCGAGGAGGGGCCGCCACCACCCCCCGGGGCCGCCGCUCCGGCCGGCUCCGCCCCCGGGGCCGCCGUGGCGGGGGCGUCCCCCGGACUGGGCUCUGGGGCUGGAGUGGUCGGCGGCGUAGGCGGCGAGGGGCUCCCGUUCCGCCGGGGCAUCCGUCUGCUGGACAGCGGCUCCGUGGAGAAUGUGCUGCAAGUCGGCUUCCAUCUCAGUGGCACAGUAACUGAACCAGCCACUACUUCUGAACCAGCAGUGACUUAUAAAGUUGCCAUCAGUUUUGAUCGAUGCAAAAUCACCUCAGUGACAUGUGGCUGUGGGAACAAAGACAUAUUCUACUGUGCUCACGUGGUAGCACUCUCACUCUACAGGAUCCGUAGACCAGAUCAAGUCAAAUUGCGUCUUCCUAUCUCAGAAACCCUUUUCCAGAUGAAUAGGGACCAGCUACAAAAGUUUAUUCAAUAUUUAAUCACGGCACACCACACUGAAGUUCUUCCUACCGCACAGAAAUUGGCAGAUGAGAUUCUGUCCUCCAACUCUGAAAUCAACCAAGUAAAUGGUGCUCCUGACCCCACAGCUGGGGCCAGCAUUGAUGAUGAGAACUGUUGGCAUUUGGAUGAAGAACAGGUGAAAGAACAAGUGAAGCUCUUUCUCUCCCAGGGUGGUUACUAUGGCUCUGGAAAGCAACUCAAUUCAAUGUUUGCCAAGGUUCGAGAGAUGCUGCGGAUGAGAGAUUCCAAUGGAGCCAGGAUGCUGACGCUAAUAACUGAACAGUUUAUGGCUGACCCACGGCUCACACUGUGGAGGCAACAAGGAACAAGCAUGACAGAUAAGUGCAGGCAGCUCUGGGAUGAGCUAGGGGCCUUAUGGGUGUGCAUAAUUUUAAAUCCACAUUGCAAGCUGGAAGAAAAAUCCUGUUGGCUGCAGCAACUGCAGAAAUGGAAUGACCUGGACGUCUGUCCCCUGGAGGAUGGGAACUAUGGGCAUGAGCUGCCCAACAUCACCAAUGCACUUCCCCAGAAUGCCAGUCACAGUUCAGAUUCUUUAUCCAGACCAAGACGGACAGUGUUCACUAGAGCCAUCGAGGGCCGUGAAUUGCAUUGGCAGGACAGCCACUUACAGCGAAUCAUCAGCAGUGAUGUAUAUACAGCUCCUGCCUGCCAGCGGGAAAGUGAGAGGCUACUCUUUAAUUCCCAAGGCCAGCCACUGUGGCUUGAGCAUGUGCCUACAGCCUGUGCUCGGGUUGAUGCCCUGCGUUCCCAUGGUUACCCAAAAGAGGCCCUCAGACUCACAGUGGCCAUUAUCAAUACUCUCAGGUUGCAGCAGCAGCGCCAACUGGAAAUCUACAAGCAUCAGAAGAAAGAACUGUUGCAGAGGGGAACCACAACCAUCACAAACCUAGAAGGCUGGGUGGGCCAUCCCCUGGAUCCGAUUGGCUGCCUGUUUCUCACCUUGACUGAGGCCUGCCGCCUGAAUGAUGAUGGCUAUCUGGAAGUGUCAGAUAUGAAUGAAAGCAGACCCCCUGUGUACCAGCAUGUGCCUGUGGCUGCAGGCUGCCCAAACAGCAGUGAGUCCUACCUGUCACUGGCCAUGGAAGUUGCUCUGAUGGGGAUGGGUCAACAGAGAGUGAUGCCUGAAGGCCUCUACGCACAGGACAAGGUGUGCCGUAAUGAGGAGCAACUCCUGAGUCGACUCCAGGAGCUGCAGCUGGAUGAUGAACUAGUGCAAACGCUGCAGAAACAGUGCAUCUUACUUCUAGAAGGAGGCCCCUUCAGCGGUCUGGGAGAAGUCAUCCACCGAGAGAGUGUUCCCAUGCACACCUUUGCCAAGUAUUUGUUCUCAGCUCUGCUGCCUCAUGAUCCAGACCUGUCCUAUAAAUUAGCCUUACGUGCCAUGAGGUUACCUGUUCUAGAAAACUCAACUUCUGCAGGCGACACUUCCCACCCUCACCAUAUGGUAUCUGUGGUGCCCAGCCGUUACCCUCGCUGGUUCACGCUUGGACACUUGGAAUCACAGCAGUGUGAACUGGCCUCCACCAUGCUGACUGCUGCCAAAGGGGACACUCUGAGGCUCCGAACAAUCCUGGAAGCAAUACAGAAGCACAUCCAUUCUUCCUCCCUCAUCUUCAAACUGGCCCAAGAUGCAUUCAAGAUUGCUACUCCCACGGACAGUAGUACAGAUGGCACCCUGCUCAACGUGGCCUUGGAGCUGGGGCUACAGGUGAUGAGGAUGACCUUAUCAACCCUCAACUGGAGGCGCCGGGAGAUGGUGCGGUGGUUGGUAACCUGUGCUACAGAAGUGGGUGUGCAGGCCCUGGUGAGCAUCUUGCAGAGCUGGUACACACUCUUCACCCCCACCGAGGCUACCAGCAUUGUGGCUGCCACAGCCGUCUCCCACACCACCAUCCUGCGCCUCAGUCUUGACUAUCCACAGCGGGAGGAGCUGGCCAGCUGUGCUCGCACCCUGGCGCUGCAGUGCGCUAUGAAGGAUCCGCAGAGCUGUGCCCUGUCAGCCCUUACCCUCUGUGAGAAGGACCACAUCGCCUUCGAAGCAGCCUAUCAGAUCGCCAUCGAUGCUGCGGCUGGCGGCAUGACUCACUCACAGCUGUUCACCAUCGCCCGCUACAUGGAGCUCCGUGGCUACCCGCUACGUGCCUUCAAGCUGGCCUCACUGGCCAUGAGCCAUCUCAACCUGGCCUACAACCAGGACACCCACCCGGCCAUCAACGAUGUGCUCUGGGCCUGCGCCCUCAGCCACUCCCUGGGCAAGAAUGAGCUGGCAGCCCUCAUCCCCCUGGUGGUGAAGAGCGUGCACUGUGCCACAGUGCUUUCAGACAUCCUUCGGCGCUGCACCGUGACUGCUCCAGGAUUGGCCGGCAUCCCAGGCCGCCGCAGCUCAGGAAAGCUCAUGUCCACUGACAAGGCUCCCCUGCGCCAGCUGCUGGAUGCCACCAUCAAUGCCUACAUCAACACCACACACUCGCGCCUGACGCAUAUCAGCCCUCGCCACUACGGAGAGUUCAUUGAGUUUCUGAGCAAGGCCCGGGAGACCUUCCUGCUGCCGCAGGAUGGCCACCUGCAGUUUGCCCAGUUCAUCGACAACCUCAAACAGAUCUACAAAGGCAAGAAGAAGCUGAUGCUGCUGGUGCGAGAGCGCUUCGGUUGA